AUGUCGAUGUCCUUCGGCCACACCAUCUUGUCUGUAUUUGACGUGUGGGACGACUCACUAGCAUUCCUCUCUGAAAUAUUGGAGUCUGGCGACGCGCCAAGAAAUGAAUUGCAACAUCUCUUUGACCACAGCCUGACCGGCGGCGCACAAGACUGGCUUUAUCUGAUCGACUGUGCACGAUCAAGGCGAUGCAUGCAAGAUCACGACCCCGAGAGCCUUGACGGUGGCGACAUUCUUACUUUUGUUUGGGAGAUACUGAACGGGUUCUAUGGAGGGUCAUCAGCUGCUGAACCGUGGGGAGAGACUGAUCGCCUGAUUGCGCUCGCCAAAGACUUGGAGAGAGACGUUGAGAUUUCACCGCCUAUGCUUGCUGCCUCGCAACAGGCUCAGGAGACUGUAUCUUCAAGAAGACGGCGCGCCACAAAACCGCGACCAGGAGUAACAUCUCAUUUCUGGACAGACAGGCUUUCAGCCCAAAGUGGCAGCAUAAAGACCGAACAGAGCACGCGUUUGGAUCGAUCUGUACCUGGAUCCGGCUAUCGCCAAUGCAGCCAAGCACGGUUACACGAAGAGGCCGUCCAUCCGAGCACGAGAAACGCCGUUGAGGUCGUUGGUUUUGAAGGUCAAUCUUCAAACCUCCUGUCAUCAUUUGACUAUCUUCGCUUGAAUGACUUAAGGCAGCCUCAUACUAUAUGUAAAUCGGAGGAUGAGAAGAAACCGUCAAGAAAUAGGCUCUCUAGCAAAUCACCUUACUUCCAGCAGCAACCGCCCGCACAAAGAAGUUCCUCAAAGAAGCGGCCGCCAGCAGGUACCAUCUCAUGCAUCCCGUUUCCCCCUCUCGAUUCACCGUCAUUUGGCAUCAUCCAAGAGGAGCUGGCUCAUGACCCGUUCUGGUUACUCAUCGCCAUCACGUUUCUGAUAAAAACCAAUGGAAAAGUAGCUCUACCUGCCUUUCGAAAGGUUAGAGAGCGCUUUCCCGCGCCGGCUGAGCUAUUAGAUCCGUCCAUCGAAGGAGAGCUUCUUGACAUGAUACGCCACCUCGGUCUCCCUAACGUACGGCUGGCGUAUAUCCAAAGAUAUGCAAAGGCAUUUGUAGAAGAUCCCCCAAAGGCUGGCGUACGGCACAGAGUGAGAAACUACGACAAACGUGCCAUCAGUCCUCUAUGGAGAGAUGCCAGCAGCGGCGACUCGGAAGAUCCGGAGAGAUCGCAUCAACUAUCCGAUGGCGGCAGCCAGAAUCUCGAAACGUGGGAGAUCGGACACAUGACUCAGGGCAAGUAUGCCAUCGACAGCUGGCGCAUAUUUUGCCGCGACGAGUUGCUGGGUCGAGCCGAAGACUGGAACGGGAAAGGCCGGGAGCCCGAGUUUCAACCUGAAUGGAUGAGAGUGAGACCGGCGGACAAAGAGCUGCGAGCGUGUCUGCGCUGGAUGUGGAUGCGCGAAGGCUGGGAAUGGGAUCCGGCGACGGGAGAGCGCACGGUAUUGAGGGAGGAGAUGCAAAGGGCUGUGAAUGAAGGGAGGGUUGAGUAUGAUGAUACUGGAGCACUCAGGAUAUUGCCCGGGCCGAGUGAUGGGAAUGACAUGGAGAUGACAUGA